AAGCUGCCAAUAAUAAAGGGAGAGGUCUUGGAUUCUUAACCAAACCUUUUGCAUCAUUUUAAUCUGAGGCAUAGAAGAUUCUGUGAAUAUGGAAAUUGAGGCUGCUUCGGAAAUAAGGAACAUGUCUACCCAGACAAAUAUAACUUUAACAGCAUCGACUGAGAACUAUGAUGACUACGCAGACACAACAUUUGAUUAUAACAAUUACGAAGAGCGUUGCGAAAAAAGUGAUGUCCGAAUGUUUGCCCAGAUUUUUCUUCCUGCCUUCUACAGUGUGGCGUUCGUGCUUGGAACGGCAGGCAAUUCCUUGGUUGUCGCUAUCUAUGCAUGUCACAAGAAAACGAAAACCAAGACUGAUGUUUACAUUUUGAACUUGGCAAUAGCGGAUUUGUUGCUACUCUUUACUCUUCCCUUCUGGGCAGUGGAUUCUGCCGUAGGGUGGCUAUUUGGAACAGGAAUGUGCAAGAUAACCUCAGCGUUGUACACUGUAAAUUUUGGCUCUGGUAUGCAAUUCUUGGCCUGCAUUAGUCUGGAUAGAUACUUUACUGUAAACAAAGCGUCAAGUCAUCGAAAUUUUGCAAAAAGGUGCCGGGCAAUUUGCCUCUUUGUCUGGGCCACUUCCAUUUUGUUGAGUAUCCCAGAUUUCUACUUUAGCACUGUGAAAGAACACAAUGGUAGACGCACAUGUCUUCCAGAAUACCCCAAGGACUCUGUAAAGGUGAUGACAGUCCUAAUCCAGAUUCUGGAUAUAGUAUUUUGUUUUGUGUUGCCUUUUUUUAUUAUGUUAUACUGUUACUCUGCAAUGGCCAAAGUAUUACUAAAAAAAGACAAUAUCAAGAGAUCAAGGUCUCUAAAGGUUUUAUUAUCUGUGGUGGCAAUCUUUCUUAUAACUCAGUUACCAUACAAUAUAAUUAAGUUCUGGAGAGCAAUUGAUUUAAUAUAUGCCCUUAUUACAAUAUGCAACACUAGUAGGACCAUUGACAUAAUGAUCCAGGUGACUAAAAGCAUUGCUUUGUUUCACUGCUGUCUUAAUCCAGUACUAUAUGCCUUUAUGGGGGCAACAUUUCAAUCCUAUAUUACCAAAACUAUCAAAAAGUGUGGUUUUUGGCAAAAACAAACAUCAAGUGCUGAAGAGUAUUCCAUGCACUCAGAAAAUCAUGUGGAAGAAACAAUUAGUCUCUCUCUCUAGCAAUGCAUGGGACUUUAUACAGGACAGACGAUGUUUGAGAUAUUAUCUUAAACAUUAUGAAGAUGGAACCUUUUAAAAAGCUCACAUUAUAAGUUAACAAGCAGAUGUAGCUGGGGCAAGUAUUUAAAGGGGCGGCCUAAAUGAAGGCUUGGGUUGACAUAUUCCAGGAGGUAGGAAGCAAUGGUACCAUAAAUUUUAUGGCUGGUGCACAGCUUAACUCAGUAUUUCACAUUGGAGAUGAGAGACAUCCUUACAAAAUUAUGUGGAUUGUCUCAUAAACCAAAAAGAUCUAAAAGUAAACAUUAGCUUCCUCCAAGCACAUGAACUGUCCCACCAAUCUCAUUUCUACACUCAGACUUGCUCCUCUAGCUGAUCCCCAGGCUCUCCUCACACUGCAUAUCCUUUGUUAAAAGUAAUAGUACAUAACUUUAUGCCCCCACACUUCACUGUGGAAGUGUGCUAUGGAGCUGUACUAUCUAGGCAUAGAUCACUGCAAUGCACAAGGGCCAGGAGAUCUCUCAUCUUAUUGGGUAAUCAGCUCCCUAGUUAACAGAAUGUUUUUUUCUGACAUUGGGAAAAUGUGUUCCAGAGCAAAGGACACAAGGUUUAGGAAAGAGGAGGGAAAUAGGAAGAACAGAAGGUGAGAGUGCAUAAGAAAGAUGGAGAUGAAAAGGGCAGCAACAUGGAAGACUAGUGAGAUUGAUAAUGGAGUAGGUCAAUGACAAGUAUAUAAAACAUGCAUAUUUUAAUAUUGCUAGAGGUCACACCAUGAUUGGCAUGAACCAUUGCAAUGGAAAGUGGUCUUAUAAGGACACUUCCCUUAGCUAUGCUCAUAUAGUUUAUAUAUCCUAUAGUAUAAUUUAUCAAGUAUAUUGUAUACAUGGUAUUUACACAAACCAACUGGAUAUACAGUCUGUAUUCAAGCACUAAACAUUGUAGCACAUUUAUAAACACAAAACAUCUUUAUCUAAUUGUUCACAAGUUUGUUUUAUCAAAGGAGAAAAUACAAUCUUAACUGCGUGUGUCCCAAUCCAUUUACAAUUUUACUCAUUCAAGAAAAUCGUAUGCAUGU